UAAAAUGUUUUCAACAAUAAUAAGUGUCUGUCGGUGCAGUGUGAGUGCGCCUUCGGUGCUGUUUAGUCGUUGGAGUGCUUCGUUACGUAAUCAUUUUCUACAGGGGAUUCACGUGGUCGAGUGCAGAGCGAGCAAGGGAAGCCUUUUGGAAUAGUAUUCAGUGUGUGAGUGCCUCCAACUCCAGAUCCAUGCAAAGGCUACAACCACCCAAGAAACGGUUAGUACCGGGAAGAUGGUACUGAGGUGUUUGGUGGCACUGGUCGUGUUGCGCGUGGUUCAGUGCGGGAUUUUGGACUGGGCAAGGUCCGAUAAAAUCGAAGUUAAUUUGCCUUGGUUGCCUUUCGAGAAUGAGACCAGGUGUUAUGAUGACUUGGGAUGUUUGAAUAUUACAAGGAGUUGGUAUCAUUUGAUACUCAGGCCCAUUAAUUUGUUUCCGUUGCCCAGGAAUGUCAUCAAUACGAGGUUUAUACUCUACACACGCUUCAAUCCAAAUGAGGGGACCUACCUCAAAGUGGAAGAUGAAAGCACCAUCGAAGAAUCAAAUUUCAACCCGAACAAAAGUACAAAAUUCAUAGUACACGGUUUUAUCGACACUCCUUUAUCAAACUGGGUGCGAGAUAUGAAAGAUGAGCUGAUCAAAGCAGGUGAUAUGAAUGUGAUUGUGGUGGAUUGGGCUGGGGGUAGUUUACCCCUUUAUACACAAGCUACAGCCAAUACGCGGCUAGUAGGUAUGGAAAUUGCCCAUUUAAUCAAAUUUUUAAUGGAAAAAUAUGAUAUUGAUGCCAGCGAUUUCCACAUUAUUGGGCACUCUUUAGGGGCACACACUGCUGGAUAUGCAGGUUCGCUUGUGCCCAAGCUGGGGAGGAUCACUGGACUGGAUCCUGCCGAGCCGUUUUUUCAGGGGAUGCCUCCCCAUGUCCGUCUGGACCCUUCCGACGCCGAAUUCGUCGACGUGAUCCACACCGACGGCAAAGGCAUCAUCUUCCUCGGCUACGGAAUGUCGCAGCCUUGCGGCCAUUUAGACUUCUAUCCCAACAAUGGGAAAGAGCAACCUGGAUGUGAUAUUACCCAAACUCCUUUAGUACCUCUGACCCUCAUCAGGGAUGGACUAGAGGAAGCGUCCAGAGUUCUGGUCGCUUGUAAUCAUGUAAGAGCCAUAAAAUUAUUUAUUGAUAGUAUAAACACACAGUGCCCUUACAUAGGGCAUCAAUGUUCCAGUUUCGAGCAGUUUAUGGCUGGGAAAUGCUUCACUUGUAAGCCUGGAACUACAAAUUGCGCUGUGAUGGGUUAUCAUGCCCACACUAGCCCAGGGAUUGAAAAUAAUGAAAUCUCCCAAUCGAAACUGACCGAUUUGGUCGGGAAUAAAUAUUUCCUUACCACGGGACGAGAGUUCCCGUUUUGCCGAAGACUGUACCGAGUGAGAAUAGAAUUAGCUAAACCCCGAAUGGCCGAAUCCUGGGUCCAGGGUUUCAUCAAAGCCUCCAUUUACAGUUCCGCUGGUGUAAUCCACGUGGAUUUAACACCCUCUGGUGAAACCAAACUGGAACACGGCACCAGUUUCACCAGUGUCGUCUCACAUCCAGCCGACUUAGGUGGCAAUAUAAAAAAAGUCGAACUGAGUUGGGAGUACGAACUAAAUGUUCUCGAACCAAAAACUAUUUGUCUGUUUUGGUGCAACGAUCACUUGUAUGUUGAAAGUGUAGCCGUGGAUGAGAUGGCAUUGCCGGGAAGAGGGAAAAGAGAUGCGUCGUUUUCGAACAAGCUUUGUCCCAAAGGAAAGAAGAGUUACUCGGAUAUAGCAAGUAGGGGGAAAGGAGUGUUCGUUGAUUUGUGCAAACAGUCAGAUAAAUACGAUAAGAGCUGAUAUUCAACCAGUGAUUAAUUAAGUUUUAAUAAAUUGUUGUUAGUAAA